CCCAACUCCCAGGCUCUCAAAUUUCUCCGAGCUUUUCCCCACAUCGUCGCCGCCCAAAACCCACACUCCCCGACCAAAACCCUCCCGGCCUCCUUCUGGCCGCCGCUGCCGACGGCGAGGUCGCCAUGGCCACCGCGACCUCUACCUCCUGCAGGAUAGCGGGCACCGAGGUCCCCAUCACGGGCUCGGACAAGCUGCGGUGGAUCGACCUCACCGUCCCCUCACCCCCCUCCCCAGCGCCGGCGAGCCCCGCCGACCCAUUCGUCUCCGUGCCCCCGCGCGCCGCCUCGGGGUGCCACGUCGUGUUCUCCGGCCGCGACUCCCAACGCUACCUCGCCUGGAGGAUUCACGAAGAACACCAAAAUGUGCUAGAGGUCAUUGAACUCUGUGCUUUGAAGGAGUUCCCAAGCUCUGGACUGCGUUUGGUAUUCCAGGAGGCGCUAUGUCCAUUCGCUUUUAUGUGUGAAAGUGAGGGUGCCAGGCGAGGCGAGUCUGUAUAUCUGCUAUAUGUGCUCACUAUUUCUGGAGUUGCUAUUCUGUGCAACUUGCGCAGCCCAUUUUCCUAUGUAUCUGGUUCAAUACUGUCUCAAAAUGACAUAGUUGGAUUUAAUCUUCAAACCCACACACAGAGUGCUAAGGUUACAGCUGUUAAAGCGAAGCCAGGAUGUCUAGUAAUUGGGCGGCAAGAUGGGUCAAUCUGCUGUUACAGUCUUGGCAAAUUAGCUCCUAGUUCACCAGGUUUCUCUAAUGAGCUGCGUGAUGAUGCUGGAAUCGGGCGUUUGUGGACUCUCAUGUCGAGAACAAAGGCUCUGGGGCCUGUACAAGAUAUUGACACAGCUACUGUAAAUGAAAGGGAGCUGUUAUUUGUUCUUCAUCUGGAUGGAAGUUUGCGUGUCUGGGAUAUUUCUAGUCAGACGAAACUUGUUAAUUAUACCGUUCACUUGGAGGAUUUUGAAGGGCAACCCUCUAGGCUAUGGGUUGGUGAGGCUGAUGAUGAUCAAGAGCUGAUAUCCUUGGCUGUUCUGCACCAAGGGACCGUGGUUCCAGCUUGUGAUCAUAUUGGUGUAUAUGCCUUCAGUUUUGGUGCUGGCGAAAGAUUCUUGUUGUCUCCUGAACCUUCGGUUUCUGCUGUACCUUUGCUAGAGGGAAAGAUCGUUGAUUUGAAAAUAAGCACGGAAAAGCUUUGGAUACUUAAAGAAGUUGGACCAAUGCUCUAUGAAAUAGUGCAGUGUAACUCUGAUGGCGAGGAAAUAUCUUCAUAUGCGCUACAAGAAGACGCUAUCAGUGAGCAAAUGUUCCAAAGUUCUGAGAGUGCAUUGGACGAUUUGGUUUGGACUGCUGAUUCAGUAUUCUCAUCUAUGAAGGAGCAUAGUUUCAGUUUUAUCUCAUCCAUGUUUCUGCGGAGGCUGCUGCAACCAGGAGUGAACCACUGUUCUGCUCUCCGCGAAACCUUAUUGGAGUACAAAAGGUUUCUAUCCGAUUCUGAGUUUCAGUCGCUUACAACUAGUGGGCUACGGAAAGAAAUAUUAUGCAUUAUAGAACAAGAGGGAAGUUCACAGGUCGCAAGUUCUACUGUUUAUCACUGGAAAAAGUUUUCUGCACGGUAUCUCCACAACUGGUGCUGGAAUAAUAGGCCAUAUGGGUUGCUUCUUGAUACGAACAGUGAAGUGUUUGGUUUAAUUAGAAAGGGUUCAUUUUCUCUCUUCCGUUGUUUGGAGGGUGUGGAGCAACUUAUUUAUGGUUCCUCUGAUGACUUGGGAAAUUUCAUUGGCCUUGGGAUGAACUUAUCGGAUGAUACUGACGGUGAAACCCUUAUUGAAGUUCUCAGGUGCAUGGGCCAUAUAAACCAUUUGCUUGGGAGAUCUUCUGCUGCAAUAUAUUACGAGUCCCUCAUCAGUUCUGUUAUAUCACCAGAUGAAGUUACUUCUCAGAUAUUAAAGAUUCUAGAGAGUGGGUUCAGUCCUCAAUCUUCGUCGCCCCUCAUUACAUUGCUUGGAACAGAUGCUUAUGUAGAAAGAAGGCAGACGGCUCACAAAAGCCAAAGGAAGUUUUCUGUUGAGAUGCUACUAUCUUUCCAUAAGUUGCAAUCAAGAUCCACAUCCUGGUCGGCUGUAUUUGAUGUGAUUGAUAAGUUCAUGAAGUGUUUGGAUACAAAGAUCACUAUACAAGAGUUUGAAUUGAGAAGACUUUGUAAUGUAAAUUCUGCCUUAGUGGUUCAGGCUACUUCACAGGUUGCAAGAACCAUGUUUGAGGCUGCUUUUGAUCUAUUUCUGUUCCUCAGUUAUUUGGUUGGCGUCGGUGGGCAGGUCUCCUUGCUGCAAAGCGAUGUUGCUAGAAUCAAACUGCAGUUGUUUCCAAUGAUUCAAGACAUAUUGGGACGGUGGAUCGUUCUCCAUUUUGUGGGAAUUUCACCAACCACACCACCAACCAUCGAGGAUUUCAGCUAUCAACUUUCUUCCCUCCAGCUAGGUAUAGCCGAUGAGCUCUCUUUGCACAGAAAGCUUGGAUCCUCUGAUUUUACAUUGGCUUGUUUGCUUGAUUUUCCUAAAUCUGCGGAAGGGGAUGAUCUGUCACCUUGCUUUCCUAGUCCAACCGAGGUGAUCAACUUGGUCAGGAGGUUUAGCAGUUCGAUUAUGUGCAGAAAUAGUGUUGACCGUGUAGACAGCUUCUUGGGUUCCACAAUAAAUCUGGCAGCAGUUCUCAUCCGACAUGGUCAAUAUGAAGCUGCUCAGAAUCUGCUGGGCAUUCUUGAAACAUACUUGGGCUAUGCGAGAGCAUCCCAAACUGAUCAGGAUACUGAUAUUGCAUGUUUGGCUCGCCUACAUCUCAGUGGAUUUUGCCUUUUGAUGCUUGCACAUGAUGAAGCAAACAUUGUUUUGAGAGAAUCCAAGGUUCAGGAAGCUAUCAGAUGUUUCUUUAGAGCUGCAUCUGGGCAAGAAGCUCCGAAGGCGCUGAAGAAGUUCUCUUCAGAAACAGGGUUUCAAAUUUCCGGGGAGUGCAGAUCUAUUUCUUUAUGGAGGCUUCAUUACUACGAGUGGGCAAUGCAAAUUUUUGAGCAAAACUCAAUGAGGGAGGGAGCAUGCCAGUUUGCUCUCGCUGCUCUUGAACAAGUUGAUAGUAUUGUUGAUUUGGACAAUGGAAGUGAAGUCGAGGAUCUCCCAGAGACUACAGCGAUGAUUAAAGGACGGCUAUGGGCCAAUGUAUUCAAGUACAGCUUAGAUUUGAAAAACUUUCGUGAUGCGUAUUGUGCUAUAAUCUCAAAUCCAGAUGAUGAUAGCAAGUAUGUCUGCUUGAGGCGUUUCAUCAUAGUUCUUUGUGAGCUCGGCGAGACUAAGGUCAUUUGCAAUGGUGAGAUACCGUUCACUGGUUUGGUGGAAAAGGUGGAGCAAGAGCUCUUCUGGAAGGCUGAGCGCUCAGAUCUUUCUUCUAAACCAAAUCUAUACAAAGUCCUUUAUUCAUUUGAAGCUUAUAGGAACAAUUGGAGGAAGGCAGCUGGAUGCAUGUACAGGUAUUUUGUUAGAUUGGGUAGAGAGGGGGAAGCAGGUGGAGGCCGCCAACUCACUCACGUAUUACAAGAGAAGUUGCAUGCUUUGUCUACUGCUAUCAACUCGUUGCAGCUUGUUGAACCCUCAUGUGCCUGGCUUGAUUCGGUUUGUGAAGCUGAUGAUCAAAUUUCGCCAAGCAAAAAGCCUCGUAAUCUUUUGAUGGAGAACUCUGCUUUCGGCACAGAUUCAGAACUCUCUACAUUGCAAUUUUGUGUUGACAUUGAAAUUCUUGAAAAGGAAUACACACUAACAGAAGCACUUUAUAUGCUUAGUACUGUAAAUUCUAAAUCCAAAUUUUCUGAAAGCUAUUCUAUCGAAGCCUUGACGGACAUUCUUGUAACUGAGAAUUUGUAUGACCUGGCAUUCACCAUCGUGCUGAAAUUUUGGAAGGAGUCAGGAAUGAAAAGAGAAUUGGAGCGUGUCUUUGCAGCUAUUGCACAGCAAUGCUGCCCAAACAGAGUAGGCAACUCAGGGAGAAAUUUGACUGACACUCAACAGCUGCUACUUCUGCCUUCUUCUGAGGAUGAUGGAUGGGAUGACAAUAACAAGACUAUUGCUGUGGCCCAUCAAGUGCAGGGAAGUUGCCAGUGGGAAACUCUUGAACUAUAUUUGGAUAAAUAUAAAGAUUUGCAUCCGAGGCUGCCUGUCAUUGUUGCUGAAACACUUCUUUACACUGAUCCUGAGAUUGAGCUCCCUCUUUGGCUGGUUCAGAUGUUCAAGACCACCAAGGGUGGAAAUAGGAUGAUUUCAUGGGGAAUGUCUGGCAAAGAGGCAGAUCCAGCUGCAUUAUUUCGACUAUAUACAAAUUAUGGCCGGCACACAGAAGCAGCCAACUUGUUGGUGGAGUACCUGGAUUCUUUUGCUUCAUCGAGACCGAUGGACGUGCUGCACCGCAAAAAGAUGUCUGCUGCCUGGUUCCCGUACACCACUGUCGAGAGGUUUUGGUGUCAGCUUGAAGAGAUGCAAAGUGCUGGCCACAGUGCUGAUCAAUGUGAUAGGCUCAAGAAGUUGCUGCAUGGAGCCCUGAUGAACCACCUGCAACAAGUGGUCGUCGAUUCAGAAGACGUACUGUCAUCAGUUGGAGGAGGUCAAGGAGUGGAGAGCCAAAGCAGCUGAGAUCACGGUGGUCGUGGAUUACACAGUCCAAGCAUUGUUGUAUCUUGUAUGUGGGUUUUGUAUGUUUUCUUUUCAGAACCGUAGGCUCUGUAUGGCUGAUAGUGUCUAUGCGAGACGUUUGACAGAAAAUGGUUACGACAGCUGCUAACGUUCGUCUCUGUAGAUGACGGACUGAUGUUCCGUUUGUAAUGUGAAUAUGCAUGGCAUGGUAAGUUCCAUGUCGUUUGGUUGAUGACAGAUACGUAGAUGGUUAGCCAAUGAUGUCCCCACUCAGUGCUUUCAUCGGCAGAAAAAACUAGAAGUCACACAACGUCGCCAAAAAAUGACAUAUUUUAACUAUUUGUAUCUACAGAAUUUGAAAGAAGAUCCUAUAGUUUAUGGCAA